AUGGAAAAUGAGGGAUACGUGAAAGGCAAGAAUAUGUUCAGUCGCGUGUACUCUCAGAGAAUACGUGAGAAGACUCAGGAGGAGCCUGAGGUGGUUAUGGAGCCAGAUACAGUGGUCGAGCCUGAGGUGGAGUCAGAGGCAGUUGUCGAGGUUGAUGUUGAUGCCUCUGUUGUUAAGCCGAGUGAUGAGGUGGAGGUGGAGUCUGUUGUCGCUACUGAGGUGGAGCCAGAGUCAAUUGUCGAGCUUGAGGUGGAGGUGCCUGUUGUUAAGUCGAGUACUGAGGUGGAGGUGCCUGUUGUUGAUCCGGAGGUUCAGCAUACGGAGUCCAUUUUUGGUCAAGUGAAUGUAAUGUUGAUUGCUCUCCAGACCGCUGCUGCUGCUGAAGAGAGUAUAGAGACACCCCCGUCUACGAUACCUUCCGAGGAUAUUGCUACUGUGUUCGAUCCUUCUACUGAGGUUCUAACGCAAGGAGAAGCAGCACCAUCAGAGGGGGAGCUUAUAGCAGCAGCAUGCCAGAGGAUGCUGGAGGAUAGCGACGAUGAUAUUCUCGUAAGUGAGAGGCCUAUGACUCAGGAGGAGGCAGAGUUUAUGCACUCUAUCACACCAGAAGCAUGGAAGGCAACUCUUAAAACUCUUGCAUUCGAGAGGUCAAAACACCACCCAAUCGACUCAUCAGUGUACGUUUUGGCAAAGUCUUUUUUGACGAAACGACACAGCAAGUGGUUGAGUUCAUCUUUAGUACCACAUUUGAAGAUGAUCACGACUUUAUCGUGGAAACUCCAAAGGGAAAGCUUAGCGGUUGCCAAAUAUUGUCAUUGA